AUGGGUGAUCAAGCUGUGAUUUCGAAACAACUUUCUCCUAUAGAAACAAGUAUUUGUGGAGCGGUUGCGGGUGCAGUUUCUAGGCUCGUCGCUUCCCCACUUGACGUAGUUAAAAUACGUCUUCAGCUCCAAAGAGGAAAACCAUCAUUUGGGUUUGCCUUAAACCAAGUAUCUCGAUCCAAACUUUUAGACAGAAAGUAUAAUGGCAUGUUGCACGCUAUUGGUAUGAUUAUAAGAGAGGAAGGUAUAAGGGGAUUAUGGAAAGGAAAUCUUUCUGCAGAAUAUUUGUAUCUUUCAUAUGAUAAUAAACUGAUUUUCAAUAAAACAUUGCAACCAUUCUUGAGUGGCGCUGUUUGUGGAAUGACGGCCACUGUUUCUACGUAUCCAUUCGAUUUGCUUAGAACUAGGUUUGCUGCUCAGGGUGAACAAAAGGUCAAUAUUGUAGUACAUGUUACUUAUAUAAGCUUAAUACAAGCAAUAAAACAAAUCUACGCUCAAGAGGGAAUAGAAGGAUUCUACCGAGGAAUUUCUGCAUCCGUGAUACAAAUUAUUCCUUAUAUGGGUUUAAUGUUUGGUAGUUAUGAAAUAUUCAAAAAAUCGUUUCGACACCUUGAGGAAAGGAAUUUAUGGUCCAGUAAUUUAAGAGGUAUUGAAGAUUUUUUGAGUGGUGCAUUAGCCGGAAUGUUUAGCAAAACUGGAAUAUUUCCACUUGAUUUGUUAAGAAGACGAUUACAAAUUCAAGGCCCUGAUCGAUCAAAAUAUGUAAUCAAGAAUAUUCCAGCUUAUUCUAGUUCCAUAUAUUCUUGCAUAAGACAAAUAGUUGUUGAAGAAGGAUUUUUGGGGCUUUACAAAGGACUGACUCCCGCACUGUUAAAAUCUGCGCCAGUUAGUGCUACGACAUUUUUUGUCUAUGGGCAAACAAAAAAGUUAUUAGAAAGUUUACAUGAAAUACCUUCGUAA